UACCAGUCUCCAAUCCCAAUCGUCUCGUUUCCUGUCUGUCUUUUGGUUAACACGAUCCAACCGCUUGAGCUGCCUCCUGUUUUGAACGGACUUCAGAAUUAAUAGAAGCCGCAAAUACUUUAAAAUUGACAAGAAGAUGUUGCUGAGUUCCUACAAAUUAUUUUCACUACUGCCGAUGACAAUUGCCUUCGGGCAGGGUGUCAAAGCUCUCAAUUUGUUUCGCGGUCCAUCUCAACAAGACGUUAAACGAUGGGCUGGGGUCAACCUGGCAGGAUUAGAAUUUGGUAUGCAGAAUACUGGGACCAUGAACCAGGACCCAAUGGAACCGCCACCGAUCAGUCAAAUCCAACACUUCCGAGCGGAAAAUGUAACUGCUUUUAGAAUUCCAAUCUCUUGGCAAAGAAUGCAACCAAAGAUAAUGGGGCCACUGGACCCAGAUUCCCUCCAACUUCUCUCGAAGUAUGUGAAUUCAGCGUUGGCUUGUAAGGCCAGUGUGAUCAUAGAUUUACACAACUACGCCAGACGAGAUGGUAAAGUGAUCGGCGAGGCCGAAGACUUACCAGCAAGUUUGCUGGUAGACUUCUGGACCCGAAUCGCCCAGAAAUUUGGCGAAUUUCCUGAGGUUGGGUUCGGGAUAAUGAACGAACCUCAUGACGUGAAGCUAGAUAUAUGGAUCGAAACUCUUCAGGCUGUCGUGACAGCCAUCAGGAAGACAGGGGCCACCAACAAGAUCAUCUUACCGGCCGACAAUUGGUCCCAUCUACAGACCUUUGCUACCUCAUACAACGCCGGGAUGUCGAAGAUUCACAACCCCGAUGGCAGUUGUACCGGGCUGAUAUUCGAAAUCCAUCAGUAUUUCGAUAGCGACGGCUCUGGAACGAGUGCAGGUUGCCCGGUUCCUCACACAAAAGAGUUGCAGGAGGUCGUUACCUUGCUCGCCAAAGAUGACAGACAGGCAAUGAUUACGGAAUUUGGGGGUGGACACAACCCCGAUUGUCCAUCUGUCUUAGCAGAUUUUGUCGAAGAAGCUCAUAAAAGCUUUCCUCAAAUCUUGGGGUAUUUCCUAUGGGGAGCUGGCGCUUUUCAUCAGGAUUACACGCUUGUAGUGACCGUUGAGAAGGAUGGCGAAUGGGUCGACCAAUCGAAUUUCCUGGCAAUUCAGAAGUUCAUGGAUCCUGGACCGAAACGGAAUCAAAUUGGAUGGAUGCAUUGAAUGUCAUUUUAAACAUGCAAACAGUGUGAUUUAUGUAGUCAGGAAUCGCGCUGGAAUUCCUUUCAUUUGUGUUCCAACUUAACAGCUUGCACUUCAUGGUCAGAUUGAUUUUGUCCGAUGAACUAACUAGGUUGACAUUUGUUUUGAAAACUUGGAUGUUGGCCUAUUUUUUUUCCUUUCUAAAUCUACCUUUGUGUCGCGAAUUUAUUGUUUUCUAGAUAUACGCUCUUUUCAAACUUGGAGUCAUUUUUACCUCGCUUACCGCGUUGUGGUGUUCUGUGCGAAACCUCUCACCUAACCCACGUGACCCAAACAUUGCCUACUUCUGAGGAGAAGCAAACCCUAAAAAAACCAACAUCACUUGCU